AUGCCUUACACACCUCCCUCCCAGAGCCGGUCGCCCGCGAGCUCAGCACCAUCUUCGCCCGACGUCAGCCGUCGCUCCUCGUUCCAGUCCAGCCCGAGACCUUCAUUACCAAGGUCCGCAUCAUACCUCACAAAGCAAAGGCGGACACCCGCGGCGGCGACAGAUUCUCCCACAAACGGCGCCUCCGACCAACCCACACCCCCGGGCACAUCAGACGACCUGAAGGGUAUGGCGACGAGCAGCAGCGUACGACAAUCACCACCCCCGCUGACGGACGAGCGCGGUAUUCCUAAGGGGGCUAUCAUCUCCCCGCCAGACUCGGGCAGCGAAGAGGAGGACGUCGCAGAACGGGGCAGGCAGAUCGAGAACUUGAAGGAGCUCCAGGAUGCAAUCAGCCAGAUCCCCGUUCACCGGGAAGCGUCGCCAACCCGCUCCAAGCUUGAGCAGCCAGAUCUUGCUCUCAUUACCAACCAAGACCUCCCCAAGGAGGGUCUUCCUACCAGUUUUAGCACCAGCUCGCUGGAUGCCCUCGCCAAGACCGUUGCUCGCCGCGUCAACCACGCCAGAUCUAGCACCGAGCCCAGGAUAGUCUAUGAACCAGUCUCUGUCACCGGCUCCGAGUCGGACUCGGAUGGCAACACCCACCUCGACAGCAAGCCUCCUAUGGUGCGCAAGAAGUCUGGCGAACUUGUCCGCCCUGCUCUACGACCUGCAUCUGCUCGCCGGAGACCAUCAAGCAUGCCUGGCACGCCAACUUUCUCCAAGGCAGUCCACUUCGACUCCCACCUCGAGCACGUUCGGCAUUUCCUCCAGGUCGACAGGCCACUCGCUGUCAGCGCUGGGUCUUCGCCGGUCGAUAACUACGACAGUGACACCGAGUACCCCUUCCCUGGAGAGGAACGCCGCGGCGCCCGGACUCCUCCCUAUGAGUGGGAGAUUGUCACGGCAAACCACCCCAUUGACACCCCUAUCCGCAAGUCUCUGCCUGUACGUCUUGAAAGAGUGUGGUUGUCGCCCGACCAGAAGAACCUCUUGGGCUCCAUCGCCGUUGCCAACUUGGCCUUCCAGAAAUCUGUUACCUGCCGGUUCACGCUUGACUACUGGAAGACGACCUCAGAGGUCGGUGCGGAAUACUCGCACGAGAUCCGCCCUCAAGAGGGACCCGUUUCCCAUGACCGCUUCACGUUCACCAUCAAGCUCUCCGACCUGGCUAACCUCGAGACCAAGACGCUUUUCUUCUGCAUCAGGUACAACGUGAAUGGUCAGGAAUUCUGGGACAACAACAUGGGCACCAACUUCCAGGUUGACUUCCGGAAGAAGUACCUCCCUCAGAACGGUAAGCGAGGCUUGCAGGGCGCCGCCAGCCGUCCGGCGCUCCCUCGCAGCAACCGCCGCUCUAGCCCUGCUUCCGCUCCUCGGCCCAAGUCCAUGCCUGUCGGCUUCGAUGACUUUCCCAACCAAACCAAGCUCAACUUCGAACAGCCCAUCCACGAGUAUCUGGGCGAGUCGGGGCCGACGGCGGGGCUCCGCCUCAAGGUCAACAAGUCGACCGGCAACCUGGCUAGUGAUAACCUCUCUAGCCGGCUGACAGCUCCCAGCGGUCAGGCAUUUGCCAACCGCUACGACUUUGGCGCGUCCCUCACUGCUGCCGUCCAGGCUGCGAAGGACACGAUAGUCAAGGACCGCAACCCUGAUGGUCUCUAUAUGAAGAGCCACCGCAAGAUCCAGGUUCCUGCCCAGCAACCGUAUCAGCCUCAGCAGACCAAGCCUGCCCCAGCCCCAGCGGCCAAUGGAGGCGCACCCGCUGUCUCCAAGCCUGUUGUGCGACCCACGGUUGCUGGCACCGACUCACCCAACACCUCCCUUGCCUCUUCAUCGUAUGAGGAACUGGUCAACAAAUAUUGUUUUUUCGGCUCCAAGCAGUCUAGUCCGCAAAUCAAGGAUGGCACUCUGAGGAGUGGCAAGUUCGACGGAGCUGACGAUGCCUUUGCUACCCGGGGUUCCAACAGCACUAGCUCGAGCUCCAACGGCAGCCCGAGUAUGGCACACCACGCCCAUCACGCUGGACCCGCGCAACAUCACGCUUUCCACCUCCGCGAUUCCAACCCCUACUUUCAGCAUUUGGGACCAUACGGUACAUCACCCGCCUUAUCUCCACUCAACCACACUACCAUGCAACCCGAGCGACCCGUGAACCAGCGUCCGAGUCAGGCUUCCACCCCAGCGACAAUGAGGUCUGCCUCCCCCGCGGCCUCGGCGGGUGGCUUUCCUUUCGCCGGUACGUCGCCGAAUGAUUUUCCAUACGCCCAGCAACUGCAGGAGCGAUUUCCAUUCAACACGGAGACUCAUGCCGCAACAGCAAUUAGGGGUUAG